CCCCUCAUGAAGUCCCCGUUCUUCGCCAUCGCUCUCAAGUCGACCUGGGCCGAAGGAAAAACCAACGAGGUCAAGCUACUCGACGACGAUCCCGAGGUAAUGAACCACUACAUCCACUGGCUUUACACCUCGACUCUCCCGCGCACUCUAUUCACGGUCCUGGCCAAGCUGUAUGUGCUCGGUGAAAAGUUCAUGCAUCCGGAGUUCAAGAAUGCCGUCGUGCUGGCUAUCCUGCGCGAGACAGAGGAGGAUGUGUAUCCAGUUGGCGAAGCGGUGAACACAAUCUACGAGGGCACGCUCAAGGGCUCGCUGGGCAGGCAGCUGCUGGUUGACUUAUUC